AUGGAAAAUGAAUUUAGCCAUGGAAAUGUGACACAUGUGACUAGUAAAGGUAAACCCGACAGCCCACGUGUCGCAUGUAGUGAUGGCAAUACCACCAACAACAAUAACAACAAUAAAGAACAAGAUCGUUUUCUUCCAAUAGCAAAUGUGAGUAGAAUCUUGAAGAAAGUGAUCCCGAGCAAUGGGAAGAUCUCCAAGGACGCAAAGGAAACAAUCCAAGAAUGCGUGUCGGAGUUCAUCAGUUUCGUCACUGGGGAAGCCUCGGACAAAUGCCAGAGAGAGAAAAGGAAGACGAUAAAUGGAGAUGAUAUCAUAUGGGCAAUCACCACAUUAGGGUUCGAGGAAUACGUCGAACCCUUAAAAUUGUACCUAAGCAAAUAUCGAGAGAUUGAAGACGAGAAGCUUAUAUUCCCGAAGCAACAAAGACCGGAGCUGCAACAACAACAACAACAACGACUCUUCCAGAAACAACAAUCCGAAUAUGAACAAAAUUUAGGGUUCAACGACAACAACAAUAAUGUAUAUUCUUCAUUAAAUGUUUUGUCUCAUCAUCAUCAUCACCACCCUCCUUUUGUUCCUUCGGACCAACCAUUUUCCUUGCCUUUCUCUUCCAAUUCCUUUCGAAAGCAAUUACAGUAGUAUGAUUUUGAUUCCGUGGGACGUUGGUAAAAACAAUUGGAUU